CCUGUCCUAUGACAUGGAGUGUGGGACUCUGUGGGAUUACAACUCGACAGAAUAGAACGAGUAGUGAAAAAAACGGGGGAGAUUUGUAGGAGGCGAUAGGGGACAGCAAAAUAAUAUUAAAAAAAUAUUUAUAAAGAACAAAAAACAACACUGUCCAGUUUGUGGACCUCUUGAAACAACCUGCAGGAAGACAAUCUGCAACUCUGUAAGCAGACCAGCUGAAUUUGCGUGCCUGGGCCAUCUGUACACCUGCACUGUCAGUCCCAACCAAAGCAUCUGGGACAGCGCACCUUUUAAAUGGAAGGACAUCAGCUACACUCGCAACAGAUGGGAGCUGGGAGACCUGGAGGGCAAGAAGGAGAGUUUAUCCAACAGACACUUUGAAUUUUGGACAAAAAAAGGAAUAGGGCAAAAAGAUUUAAAAAAUAUACGUACAAACAGAAGGAAAACCCAUUGGAGUACAUGUCCAAAUUUGAAAACAGGACAAGGAGAAGAUGAAGGGCUGUGAGUCUUGACUAUUGUGUGCUGGUCCAAACAUUUCCUUAAUUUUUUUCUACCUCUCUUUCAUUUCUGUUUUUCCAUGCCAGCUGCUCUAACUUUGCUCACUUUCCCUCACUUCUGCAUCUUUCCUUCCCUGCCUGAAUAGCGGGCAUGUGCGAAGUAGCAGGCGGCGGAGGGUUACAGAUUAGACAGCUGAUUGGAGGUGAAGGGCUGGUCUAGACCCUGUAAGGAGCAGCAUUCCAGCACACAGUCACUCAGGCACUCAUAGUCUCACACACAAACACACACACACAUAAACAGUCCCCCUCUAUCUCUCUCCUGAUAAACAAACACGCACACACACACACACACAUACACACACACACACACGCACACACACGCACGCGCUGGCUGCUUGUCAGAGCUCAGCUGAGAUCCCCACUCGCACUCACACCUUUCCCAGACGGAUUUCGCAACUUUAAUUCUCCAGCAGUUUCUCAAGGCUGACAGACGUAGGAAAUCUGUGGACUGCCUGUUUCUGUGUGUCUUCCUUUUACUCUUGUGUUUCCAGGGAUUCGCUCUCUCUCUCUCUCUCUCUCUCUCUCUCUUUCUUUCUGUCUCUCUCUCUCAUCCCUCUUCAUCUCUCUGUCCCUGUUUCUGUCUCUCAGCCCGUUCACUUCCACCGGUACUCCCCCCAAAAAGAUGUGACCUUCUGCCAAAGUACUAAAAGGCAUGCCAUCGCAGCAGGGUCCACUGUUGAUACUGAAAUAGACUCAAACAAGUGCCGAGGGGAGAGAAAGAGGAGAGGGAGAAGGGGGAAAAGAAGAAAAGGAAGGUACUCUUGAAGCCGCAAACGAGGAAUGAGUCGCCGGGAGCCAGGGCUGGAUGCGGAUUGCCAACACAGGCAGUAGGUGGCUGAGAUGGGCAUUCCUCUAGGCUGGUUGAGCGCCUCCCUGUGGCUGCUGCUGUUGUUACUGUUGUAUGCUGCCCCCUGCUGCCUGGGUCGUCCAUUCGGGCCGCCGACAGUCAACGUGGCGGUGGUGUUCAGUGGCUCUGCCUACCACAUGGAGAUAAAAGGGCGUCUGAGUCGGGAGAACUUCAUGGACAUGCCUCUGGAGGUGAAUCCCAUCACGGUGGUGGUGAAUGACACCAAUCCUCGUGCCCUGCUCACCCGCAUCUGCGACACCCUGGCCACCAACCGCGUGCACGGCAUUGUGUUCGAAGACAACAUCGGCUCGGAGGCCGUGGCCCAAAUCCUGGACUUCAUCUCCACGCAGACGGCCGUGCCAAUCGUGGGAAUCAGUGGGGGCUCGGCCGUGGUUCUGCCAUACAAGGGCGAUGGCUCCACCUUCCUCCAGAUGGGCUCCUCCAUUGAGCAGCAGGUCAACUGUAUGUUCAAGGUGAUGGAGGAGUAUGACUGGGGCAGCUUUGUGGUGAUCACCAGCCUCUACCCCGGGUACGAGGACUUUGUGGACUACAUCAGGUCCUUCACUGACACAAGCUACUUCCUGUGGGAGCUGCAGGAUGUGCUGAGCUUCGAGAUGUCGGAGGGGGCCAGCGACACGCGCACGCGCAGGCUGCUGCAGCAGGUGGACGCGCAGGUGCUGCUGGUGUACUGCUCCCACGAGGAGGCCCAGUACCUCUUCAGGUUGGCGGCUGAAGUGGGCCUUGUGGGACCUGGCUAUAUCUGGAUUGUCCCCAGCCUGGCGGUGGGGAACCCUGACCUCCUACCCCCCGACAGCUUCCCCGUGGGACUCAUCAGCAUCAUCACAGACCGCUGGAAAAAGAGCCUUCGGCAGAGAGUGCGUGACGGCGUGGCCAUCGUGGUCAAGGGUGUGCAGAGCUUCCGCAGGCAUCAAGGAUUCAUCCCCGAGGGGCACAGUGACUGCCAAAGUACUGCCAGACAUAUCACCAAUGACACAAUCUUCAGCCACAUGUUGAAUGUGACAUGGGAACACAAGGACUUUUCCUUCAACAGUGAUGGGUACCUGACCAAUCCCUCCAUGGUGAUCAUUACUCUGGACCGCGAACGACAGUGGGACAAGGUGGGGAACUACGAGAUGGGGAUACUGCAGAUGCGAUAUCCAGUGUGGCCACGCUAUGGCAGUUUCCUGGAGCCGGUGUCUGAUAACCGCCACUUGACCGUGGCCACCCUGGAGGAGCGCCCUUUUGUCAUUGUGGAGAGCGUGGACCCCGUCACUGGAACCUGCGUCCGCAACACUGUGCCCUGCCGCCGCCAGUCUAACCGGACAGAAGUCAUUGUGGGUCACUCAGAGCCCUAUACCAAACUGUGCUGCAAAGGUUUCUGCAUAGACAUCUUGAAGAAGCUCUCUCGGACCAUCAAGUUCUCCUAUGACCUGUACCUGGUGACCAAUGGCAAGCACGGGAAAUUGGUCCGGGGCACCUGGAAUGGGAUGAUUGGAGAGGUGGUGUACAAGCGCGCGGACAUGGCCAUCGGUUCCCUCACCAUUAACGAGGAGCGGUCGGAGAUCAUCGACUUCUCUGUGCCGUUUGUGGAGACUGGAAUCAGCGUGAUGGUGGCCAGGAGUAAUGGCACUGUUUCUCCUUCUGCCUUUCUAGAACCAUACAGUCCAGCGGUGUGGGUUAUGAUGUUUGUGAUGUGCCUUACUGUGGUGGCCAUCACUGUUUUCGUCUUUGAAUAUUUCAGUCCUGUAGGAUAUAACCGCAGUCUGGUCAGCGCUAAAGCUCCUGGCGGGCCCACCUUUACCAUUGGAAAGUCAGUGUGGCUCCUGUGGGGCAUCGUCUUCAACAACUCCGUCCCCAUAGAAAACCCUAAAGGGACCACCAGUAAGAUAAUGGUCCUAGUGUGGGCUUUUUUUGCAGUCAUCUUCUUGGCCAGCUACACUGCCAACCUGGCCGCCUUCAUGAUCCAGGAGCAGUACAUCGACACAGUCUCUGGACUCAGUGACAAAAAGUUUCAGAAACCACAGGAGCAUUACCCACCCUUCCGAUUUGGCACAGUCCCCAAUGGGAGCACUGAGAGGAACAUUCGUAGCAACUAUCCAGAUAUGCACACCCACAUGAUGAAAUACAACCAGAGAGGUGUAGAGGAUGCCCUCAACAGUCUUAAAACAGGGAAGCUGGACGCCUUCAUAUACGAUGCAGCAGUGCUCAAUUACAUGGCCGGCAAAGAUGAAGGCUGCAAGCUGGUGACCAUUGGCAGUGGGAAGGUUUUUGCAACCACAGGCUACGGAAUUGCUCUGCAGAAAGACUCCCACUGGAAGCGCCCCAUAGACCUGGCCCUCCUCCAGUUCCUGGGGGACGGGGACACGCAGAGGCUGCAGACAGUGUGGCUCUCCGGCAUCUGCCAGAAUGAGAAAAAUGAGGUGAUGAGCUCCAAGCUGGACAUCGACAACAUGGCGGGAGUCUUCUACAUGCUGCUGGUGGCCAUGGGCCUCAGUCUCCUGGUCUUCGCCUGGGAGCACCUGCUCUACUGGAAGCUGCGACACUCUGUGCGCAAAUCGGAACGUCUGGACUUCCUGCUCGCCAUCAGCAGGGGUAUAUAUAGUUGCUUCAAUGGUGUGGAGGAUCCAGAUAGGUCUUUAAAUAUCCAAAGCCCAGACAUCACUACCAACUACGCCCAGGCCAACAUGCUGAAGAUGCUACAGACUGCCAAGGACAUUGUGUCCUCAGCCAAAGUGGAGAACUCUCUGGACAACGCCACCAAGACCAUCGAGAACUGGAGUCGUCACGGGGAAGUCAAAAGUGGCCUUCAGAACCGCGUGCCACAAGUGGCCACCUCCGAUAUUGCCUCUGGUCGCCUCCCGUAUAUCUCCAGCAUAACUGAGAACCACUCCCCCUUUCCACAGCGUGCCCUGACCCCUACGUUCACAGUGCACUACGGCGAGAGUGCCAGCCAGCCGCUCCUGGAGAAGCAGAGAGUGCUGGCGCGGCCCACUCCGCUGCGCUACACGUUGCCUGCUCGGGGCAGCCGCCUCUAUGACAGGACGCUGCCCAUCUCCAGCCUCAGCAGCCCCCAUAUCGCCAUGAGGGACUCCCUUCCCACUGUCAACACUCCCCACCACAGCAGCAGGCUGUUUGUGGACGGCCACACCCGGCACCCCAGCUCCUCUUUUGUCCCCUACAGAGAUCUUCAUGUGCCAGAUAUCUAUAUGGAGCACGCGGAGCCCCCGUGCCGCAAGAUCCCCCCCGAUGGCCUGAGGCGGAAGAAGAGGUCCCACAGCUACCUGGAGGAGUCUGUGGACCUGCGGAGACGACACGACUACGAAGAGCCGGCCGCGUGCCUCACAGAGCUGCGAGCCAACCACCUCAUGGACAACCACUCUCCCACCACUGUGGCCUGCAUCAACAGCCCUUACUCCAGAGCCAAUGCCAGCUGCAACUCCUGCUUCAAACCUUACCUGGAGCCAGAGCUGGAUGACGUGCCUCUGUUGGGUAAGGAGAAGCUAAACCGCAGAGCCUCAUUCCUGAAGGCCACCUGGGGUACCGACAAGAUCCGGCAGCUGGACGACAAACCCUCCACCUCUGCCUCCACCCACAUAGACAUGCCGGACUUGUUCCCCCGCGUCGUGGCCACCAAACCCCCAAAGCUGUACAGUAGUGCGGGGAACAACAGCCUGUGCUACCCAGUGGCAGUGGACCAUGCCUACCUUAAUCCAGGCCGUAGCCAUCCUUACAAAGGGCAGAAGCUGAAGUACUCACAGUCUACUCGGCUGCCAUCUUAUCGGGAGGCAGUCCUUCAGAAUGCAGCUGCCCUGCGAAGGUCCUCCACUAUGGUUCACAGACAGUAUUCCUCCUACCUGAAUUCUUACACUGACGUGCCAGUGUAUAUGGGGCCACUGGCCCAGGGGACCGCCCAGUUGUAUGAACACUCUAAGGACAUGUGCAACAUCUUCCCCUGCGUAAGCCACUGCCCCAACGUGCCCCGGCAGCUAGUUUACCAGGACAGCAUGUACGGGGGGUAUGGGGACGCAGGACAGGUGCGUGAGGCACCAGGGGCAAGUGGCAGAGACAGGAGGCAGGUUGUGGUCGCCCGCAGACUCAACAGUCCCUAUGUGCCAAAAACUUGGGGCAGGGUGUCCAGUCUGGAGUCAGAGGUUUGAGCCUAUUCAGGUUCAUCUCCAGGCUUUAAUGUAUUUAAUGAGCUGUCUUAAGAGCUGUAACUGACCCUCAGCCUUUGGCUCAAGCAAAUAAACAACAAAAUAACAACUAUAACAAACUGCAGACUUGGAAUUGUUUACUUUGUGCAAUAAUGUCUUGGCAGCAGGGAAACAGGAGCAGAAAAAGAUGUGCGGUCACAGCUGGAACAAGUAAACUUAUAUUUAUUAGAAGACAGUGUUGAAUAGUUCUUAAUUCUGUAUCGUCCAAUUCGAAGCAUUGAUUGUCAUUUAUUUUUCAACAUGGCGUCUUGCUGUUCGGCGCCUUCGUAGAUUAAAUUAACGAGCUAUGAAUGGCAGCACAGCUUCACUGAGGGCUUUUGAACAAAAAUGUUACUUUUCUUUUCCUUUAUUAAGACCAAUUUAGUAUUCUUCCACUUAAUCUGAUAUGACAACUGAAUUUUGUAAUUACUCUACUGACAUAUCUUCUAAGAGUUUUGUAAGCGUAAUAUGGGAGCGUUGUUUAUUGAGACUUUUGCUCAAGUGGUUGCUCUGUCUGCUCGACUUGGAUUUCAAAAUAACGAAUUGAAAUUAUUCUAGUAUCUGUAUUACCAAGUUCUUCCACUCUUUAAUAAAUCACUAAUGCCUCUUCGAG